AUGUGCGGGAUGCAGCGCUGGAGCGCAGGGCCUGCACCGGCGGGCGCGGCGAGCUCCAAAACCAUUUAUCAGACGGAUAAAUAAGCGAUCACGACGCGCUCCGGAACACUAGCACGCAUUCGCCCUGCGUCCUGCUUUAUGGUGGAGCAGGGGGGAAAGAGAGAGAGUCACUGGAGGAUGAAAGUUUGUCUGCGGCCGAGCAUAACGGCAACCGUACGGGACGCGCUACACAAGCAUCUAUCAUCUAUCUCCAUCCCUCUUUCUCCUAUCGCCCUCCCUCCCUCCUUUCCUACAGCGGCCCCGACUGCACCCACCGCCUGCGCUUCGGCAACACGUCGGACGCCCCCUGUCGCUGCGCUCGGACGGGCAGAGCCGCAGAAAGUACGUGUUUGCUGCCUCCGUCGCGGAACUUCAGAAACACGUGGGUGGACGGGACUCCGGAAUAAGACGCUUCAGAUGGAGAAGAUCAAAUCUCGAAUGAGGAGUGAAUUUGAAGCUCUGGAAUCAGAAGAAAAGCACCUGAGAGAGUAUAAACAGGAAAUGGAUCUUCUGCUGCAGGAGAAAAUGGCUCAUGUAGAGGAGCUGCGUCUCAUACAUGCUGAUAUUAAUGUGAUGGAAAACACUAUCAAACAGUCCGAGAGUGACUUAAACAAACUGCUGGAGACGACCAGACGUCUCCAUGAUGAAUACAAACCUCUGAAAGAACACGUGGACGCCCUGAGAAUGACCCUUGGCAUGCAGAGACUCCCUGACCUCAGCCAGGAAGAGGAGAAACUCUCACUGGACUACUUUGAAAAGCAAAAGGCAGAGUGGCAGACAGAACCCCAGGAGCCUCCUAUCCCAGAAUCCCUAGCCGCGGCUGCAGCUGCAGCCCAGCAGCUUCAGGCUGCACGGAAACAGGACGCCAGGCAGACAGCAACAUUCCGCCAACAGCCUCCACCUAUGAAGGCAUGUUUGUCUUGCCACCAGCAGAUCCAUCGGAAUGCCCCGAUCUGUCCUCUCUGCAAAGCCAAAAGUCGCUCACGCAACCCUAAAAAACCCAAGAGAAAACCUGAUGAGUAGCGCGCACACACACACACACACACAGCUAAAACCCCACACCACACCAAUAAAACCCCAAUAAAAGCCUGAGGAAUAACACAAACAAAACCUCAAAACUCAAGAAAAAAAAUGUAACACACUUACGCUCUCUUGCAUCCACAAUUCCAAACACACAUUUAUACUCUGACAGGGAUAUCAGUUAACAAACACACACCCUAACUCACAUGUCAGCACAUUUACACAUACACACAUUGUCCUGAAGGAAUGGACCAUCUCCAGUCUGAUCAAUUGACCUCUAAUAGUGAUACUCCUCCUGUAGUUAAUACUCUUCCUGCUUCAAUGAACGUGAGGUCUCAAUCAGUAGCUCUUUGUCAUCUCUUCAUUAAAUGGCUGUUGAAAAGUUUUAUAUUAGAUUGUCUUUUCAUUUUUAUAUGUGCUACCUUGGUAUUGUGUUUGUACUGUGUCUGUAUUUAGUCUGUAGUGGAAAUGGAUGCUGGUUUACAAAUUUGAAAGUGUACCCUUCUGUUUGUGCUUUAGAUGAAACUAAAUUCUCUGAAAUGGAUUUAGUCAAUAGAGCAGUUUAUAUGAUACUCAGUUAAUGCUUAAACUGAUCUUUUAAUAAUAUUUUUGUAUUAAUAAUGUUAUGAUUUUCCUUUUUUAUGACUCUUUUUAAUGUUUUUCCUCAUGAUUAAAGUGUAAAUGUUUUUUCUUGUAUUGUGUAACUAUGCCCUGUUCCAGACUUACAACAUGCCCAUUCAAUUGCAAAAUUCUGGAACACAAGUUGAAGGGGAGUUCUAGAGCUUAAGUUUUGGUUGAAUCAUCUUUCUUUUUGUGUGAUGGUGCUGUUUACUUUGUGUUGCAUAGAAGAAAGUUCUGGAAUUUGACCGAAGGAGCAUUAAGAGCUUUUAAGAUUCUUUAGUAUUGAAUCACUUGUGUUCAUUUCUCAUCUUUUCUGAGAUUCAGUUUUUAAUCAUUAAAAUCAGUGAAGCUAAUCAAAUCUGGAACUCUUGUCAUGCUGAAUUCUUCAUACAAUACUUUUAGUUAUGCUAUGUCAUCUGAUUGAUUUAAUCUCUUUAUCUUUUUCUCUCCCUGACUCUAUCUGUUGACUUGAUAUUCAUCUGGAAUUUGACCUUUCGCCCAUGACCCGAACAAUGCAAUAAUCAUUCCGCUCUUGCUAAUCUCUUUACCAGCGUGUGCUUCUUCAUUCUUUUUACACUGCACUCUCAAUCCUGAAGGGGGCGAUAUUUGCACUUAUUUUUCAUCUUCUUGAGUAUCUGUGCAUCAUACUGUGGAAUGAGUCUGUUCUUCAAGGCUGCAUGUCACAAAACAUAUCUGAAUUUAGUAAUCUUUAAACAGGGUACAUAAUUUGAAUUUAAAGUACAAGUAAAAUAUAUAAUUCAUAAAAUGCAUACAUUUUAAACAAUAUUGAUAAAUGGCAAAGCAACUACAAAAUAAAUAUUUAACUAUUAAACAGUUCGUGGAAGGAAAUGUAACUAGGAAGAGUGUUUUUGGUCAUUUAACUUUUGCUUUUAGAGCAACCCAUGACUGGAAUUAUUAAUUUAAUGAGUGGGCAUUAAAUUAAGAAUUAAAUCACUAAAUAAAUAAAUGCCCCUUGUAUUUAACUGUAGCACUAGUUUGCAUCCCUUUUCCUUUCGCCAUUAUCUUUGGGUUAAUUUUUCUCUGUAGCACAAGCAAUGUGUCUUUUCAUUUCCAAUGUAAUGGCAAUCAACACAUCACUCAACAAAAGUGGGCAUCAAAGUACGUCCUCUUCCAUAAUGACCUUCUCUCUAUUUUCUGCAUGGGUUCAAAUUAACUCACUGUCAACAUUUUGGCUGGCAACUUCAUCUGCAAGAGUUAAAAAUAAAUCUCUUACUGUACCAAGCUCAGGUCGUGCUUAAAUGAAAAAUCAAUCCAACGAUAAUGCUGAAAUGAAAAUGGACAAACGCUUGCGCUAAAAUGAAACACAACGGACAUUUAUUGAUUUAUUUAGUGAUUCGAUGAGUCAUUAUUUUCAGUGUAUGUAGUAUGCAUUUAAUUGUUUAUUUAAUUAUUUAAUUGUGAAUAAUUAUGGCCCUCCAUAUAUGCUUUGGCAUUGAUUGAGCUAAUGAUAUACUUAGCAAAGUUUUUCAUGUAAAUAAAUCUAAUUGAGUGUGACCUGGAUAUUUGCUUGAUAAGCUUUUUGAGAUUCACACAGAAAGUCUACAAUCGCUGAAGCUGCGUUUUUGCCUGGGUGCAUCAUUACUUGCGUAUUAUGUGCAUUCUUGUCCCUUGUUAUAUU